CAAAAGCUCCUUGUUUGUCGCGCGCCCUCUUUUUCGUUUGCGUCUUCAGUCUCAGCUUCUCUCUCUCUCUUUCUUUCUCCCCCCUCAACUCCUAAGUUAAUCCAUCACAGCAGCCAUCAUGCGUGAGAUUGUUCACAUCCAGACCGGCCAGUGCGGUAACCAAAUCGGUGCCGCCUUUUGGCAGACCAUCUCUGGCGAGCACGGCCUCGACAGCAAUGGUAUCUAUGGAGGUUCUUCCGAGCUCCAGCUGGAGCGCAUGAACGUCUACUUCAACGAGGCCAACAACAACAAGUAUGUUCCUCGCGCUGUCCUCGUCGAUCUCGAGCCCGGUACCAUGGACGCCGUCCGUGCCGGUCCCUUCGGUCAGCUCUUCCGACCCGACAACUUCAUCUUCGGCCAGUCCAGUGCCGGCAACAACUGGGCCAAGGGCCACUACACCGAGGGCGCUGAGCUCGUCGACAACGUCCUCGACGUGAUCCGCCGUGAGGCCGAGGGCUGCGACUGCCUGCAGGGCUUCCAGAUCACCCACUCCCUCGGCGGUGGUACCGGAUCCGGCAUGGGCACGCUUCUCAUCUCCAAGAUCCGCGAGGAAUUCCCCGACCGAAUGAUGGCCACCUUCUCCGUCAUGCCGUCCCCCAAGGUGUCCGACACCGUCGUUGAACCCUACAACGCCACCCUCUCCGUCCACCAGCUGGUCGAGAACUCGGACGAGACCUUCUGCAUUGACAACGAGGCUCUCUACGACAUCUGCAUGCGCACCCUGAAGCUGUCUAACCCUGCCUACGGUGACCUGAACUACCUCGUCUCCGCCGUCAUGUCGGGCAUUACCACGUGCCUGCGAUUCCCCGGUCAGCUCAACUCGGACCUGCGCAAGCUGGCUGUCAACAUGGUUCCCUUCCCCCGUCUCCACUUCUUCAUGGUCGGAUUCGCUCCCCUGACGAGCCCCGGCGCCCACUCCUUCCGUGCCGUCACCGUGCCGGAACUCACCCAGCAAAUGUUCGACCCUAAGAACAUGAUGGCUGCUUCUGACUUCCGCAACGGUCGCUACCUGACCUGCUGCUCCAUCUUCCGUGGCAAGGUUGCCAUGAAGGAGGUUGAGGACCAGAUGCGAAACGUGCAGAACAAGAACUCGACCUACUUCGUCGAGUGGAUCCCCAACAACAUCCAGACUGCCCUUUGCGCCAUCCCUCCCCGUGGCCUGAAGAUGUCGUCCACCUUCAUCGGCAACUCCACGUCCAUCCAGGAGCUGUUCAAGCGUGUCGGCGAGCAGUUCAGCGCCAUGUUCCGUCGCAAGGCCUUCUUGCACUGGUACACUGGCGAGGGCAUGGACGAGAUGGAGUUCACCGAGGCCGAGUCCAACAUGAACGACUUGGUGUCGGAAUACCAGCAGUACCAGGAGGCUGGUAUUGACGAGGAGGAGUACGAGGAGGAGGAGGCCCCCGCCGAGCACGACGAGUAAAGCGUCUGCUAGCGCAUGGCGGGCUUUUGUUGUGUUUCUUCUUCUUCUUCGGGUGCAUGCUUGAUGUGUAGCCCCUGAUUACACUGUACGACUUGCCUUGAGGGGGGAGUGUUUAGAUGACUGGACGACCAUUUGAUAUCCACGCGCGA